AUGAAAACCCGAAUAAAUAGCAAGAUAAAAGAAAACGCAUACCAAGAGUAUAUCAACAAAUGCGAGACUUAUGAUAUCAAUGAAAUAGUAAAUUAUAUUAAAUCUAAUACAUUUUUUAGAAAAUACACUACCUCAAAUAAUAUUCAAGAAGAUGAGGCAGCAAAAUAUAAAGUCAACUAUCAUAUAAUUGAUGAUACAGUGAGGACAAAAAUAGCCAAUUUAUUUAAAAAGGAAAAAGCAUAUUUAAAAAAGUAUGAGGAAAAUGAAAAUUCAAAAAAUGAAAAACCAAACCCAAACGAAACAAGAGUUAGUGAAAAAAAAGAAAAGGGGCUAAUAUAUUUAUACAAUGCUUGUGACAAUCUUUUUAAAAGUCAAGAGAAUAUAAAUGGGAAAGACAAAUUUAUAAUUAUAAAUAAUGAUAAUGGCAUGAAAAAAAUAAGUGAAAACAAUAUAAAUGAAUUACUAGUAGAAAUCAUAUAUACAAUAUUUACUAAAAAUGAAACAUUGGAAAAUAGUAUGCUAAAUUUAUUAGGAGAAAGUAAUAUAGAUCUUAUAAUUAAUAUUAUUAAAAAUAAAGAUGAAAUAAAAAAAGACGUAAAAUUGUUAAGUAAACAUGUAGAUAUUAAAGAAAAUACAUUGGGAGCUAAUUUUUUUAUAACCAAUACAACAACAAAAAAUACUAAAAAUAAUAAAAAUAUAUUAACUAAUAAAGAAAAUAUUGAAAACAUCAUAGAAUAUUUUAUAAAUAAUUUUGAAGGCAAUUAUUUAGAUAACGUUAAAAAAAUUUAUUUACCUAAUGAAGAAAAUCAAUUAGAAGGGAUAAAUGUUCCCCAAAAUACUGCCUACUCAUAUUCAAAUAAUAUGACAAAAGUAAAAAUUAAUAGAUUACCAAAUAUGAUUUUUGAUCAAAAUGAAUUAGUAUCUGUUAAUUCUUUACCAUUUUGGGCAAAAUAUAUUUUUAACUUUCAAUACUUUAAUUAUAUUCAAUCAAAAGUUUUUAAUGCUGCAUUUAAAAACAAUAAAAAUUUAUUAGUAUCUGCACCGACAGGGUGUGGUAAAACAAAUAUAGCUUUGCUUGUUAUAUUACAACAACUUAUUUUGCACUCAGAACAACAUGGUAUUAAUCUGAACAAAAUUGCUAAUAUGCAUUUGAUUAAAAAAGGGUUGGCCCCUGAGGGGAAUGGACAUAUAGAAAAGGAUAAUACCACUUCUGGAAGGCUUAAAGGAAUCGAAACGGAAAAUAGAGAAAAUAUAGAAAUAGAGGAACCAAUAAACAAACUGGAAGGGGAAGAUAACGAUGCUAAAGAAAAAAAUGACGAAGAAAUAUCCGAAAUAGAAAAUGAUAUUAAUAAAUUCGAGGUUGCAGAAUCAUCUUAUGAUGAUGAUAACCAAAGUGAUGCAUCUAGUGUGUCAGAAAUUGAGGAAACUGUGAUUAAUCCAAAUGAUUUUAAAAUAAUUUAUAUUGCCCCAAUGAAAUCAUUAGUAUAUGAAAUAACAACUAAUUUUCGAGAAAAAUUAAAAAUCUUUAAUUUGAAUGUUUGUGAAUACACAAAAGAACAUAGUCUUACAUCUAAAGAAUUAGAACAUGUUCAUAUAAUUGUUACUGUACCCGAAAAAUUAGAUAUACUUCUGCGAAAUAGCAGUUAUUCAUCUACAGUUUCCGAUGAAUCCUUAAUAAAAUCUAUAAAAUGCAUAAUACUUGAUGAAGUUCAUUUAUUAAAUACAGAUCGGGGUGAUGUAAUUGAAACAAUUGUUGCACGAUUUUUGCGAUAUUCAGAAACAUCGCAAUCUAUGAAGAGAAUAAUGGCAAUGUCAGCUACUUUACCAAAUUAUAAAGAUGUUAGUGAUUUUUUAAAAGUAGAAAGAGAUAUGUGCUUUUAUUUUAAUGAAAAAUAUAGAUCUAUACAAUUAGAUAAAACACUAUAUGGUAUACAUGAAACAAAUAUGAAUAAAUUAAAUUUAGCAAAAAAUUUAUGUGCAUAUAAUGAAAUUAUAAACAGUUUAAAAAAUGAUAAGCAAUGUAUAGUAUUUGUUUGCUCAAGAAAUGACACUAAUAAAACAAUUGAAUUUUUAAUUGAUCGUGCAAUAAAAAACGAUGAAAUCGAUUAUUUUACAAACAAUUUAUACACAGAUUAUGAUGUAAAUAAAAAAAUAAAAAAAUCUAAUAAUAUAUAUAUUAAAAAAUUCUAUGAAUAUGGUUGUGCAAUACAUCAUGCUGGUAUGUCUAGAUAUGAUAAGAUAUUAGUAGAAAAUUUAUUUAAAAAAAAAACUUUCAACGUUUUAUGUUGUACUUCUACACUUGCAUGGGGAGUUAAUUUACCUGUCCACACUGUCAUCAUAAAAGGAACUAAUUUCUUUUCAUCUGAAAGCGGAAAAAUGGAAGAUCUAGACAUAUUAGAUAUUAAUCAAAUUUUUGGUAGAUGUGGGAGACCGCAAUAUGAAAGUCAUGGACAUGCUAUUUUAAUAACAGAAAGAACAAAAUUAUAUAAAUAUAUUAAACUAUUGACAAAUAAUACAAUCAUUGAAUCAAACUUUUUAAAAAAUAUUGAAAAUCAUCUAAAUGCUGAAAUAAGUAUGGGAACAACCAAAAAUGCACAAGAUGGAAUUAAAUGGCUAGAAUAUACCUAUCUUUAUAUUCGUAUGAAAAAAAACCCUUUUUUAUAUGACACCGAUAUAAAAAAUGAUAGAGAAUUAUACGAAAAACGUAAAAGCAUAAUUAUAAAGGCAAUCAGUAAUUUAAGCGAAAAUAAGCUUGUAAGAAGAAGUUUAACCAAUGAUUUUAUUGGAACUUUUUAUGGGCAUAUAGCUGCUAAAUAUUAUGUCGAUUAUAAAACCAUAGGAAUAUUUGCAUCACAUAUUGAAAAUAAUAAUUAUACAGAAAUAAUUGAUGUUAUAAGUAAAGCAAAGGAAUUCGAAAAUAUACAAAUUCGAAAUGAAGAUAUGAAUGAUUUUAUAUAUUAUAAAAAUAAAUGUGAUAUUAAAGAAACUUAUGAUGAAAGCAAAUCUAUGACAGUACGUAUAUUGAUAGAAAUGUAUUUGAGAAGAUUACAAAUUAAUAAUUUUUCUCUAGUUUGUGAAAUUAAUUACAUAGUACAAAAUAUAAUUAGAAUAUUAUAUGCAUAUUAUGAAAUAUGUUUAAAUAUUUUAAAAAACAUAUCACAUCUAAUUAUAAAUACACAUAAUUUGAUUCUCUCCAUUACAAGAAGGUUGCCAAUGGAUUGUGGACUGUUCAGGCACUUUUGUUAUAAAAAUGAGCUAAUGGAUAAAAAGUAUAUUCAUACAGGCAAUCAAAAUGAAAAUAAAGGGAAUGCCAUGAAAUUCAAGAAUAAAAACGGUUCCAACUUUAACAAUGAUGAUCAAAAAGAGGAAAAACAAUAUUUUAUCGAUUCUAAUUUAAAUCCAAUCGAUAUUAAUGAUAAUGAAGAAGAUAUCUAUGGUGAAAAUGUACGAUACCGAAAAAACCAAAAUUAUACAGUAUACUUAAAAGAAACAGCAGUAAAUAUAUUAGAAAAAAAAAAUUUAUCUUAUGAAACUAUUGUAAAUUUAAGUAAAAGUGAAUUAUUCUUCUUCUUACGAAAUGAAGUAUACACCAAACAAAUAUUAUAUUAUCGAAAUAUAAUACCAAAUCUAUAUAUUGAUGGAUAUAUUCAGCCAAUUACUCAAACUAUUAUGAAAAUUAACUUAAAUGUUCAACUACAAAAUACAAUAUGGUCAGAUCAAUGGAAUAAUACUAAAGAAGAUUUUCAUAUAUUUUUAUUAAACACAUUAAAUAAUGAUAUUUUAUAUUUUCAAAAAUUUACUAUACAUAAAAAAGAUAGAAAAAAAAUUCAUGAUAUUUCAUUUGAAUUUCCAAUAACUAAUAUAAUGCCUUCACAAAUUACUGUCCAAUUUUUAUCUAUGAAUUGGUGUAAUCUAUCAUUUGUUCACAUAUUUAACACAAACAAUUUAUUUAUAAAUCAAAAAAUAAAUGUAUUUUCAGAAAUAUUGCCUAUUGCACCUUUGUCAACUGAAGUUAUGAAUAUUCCUAACUACAUUAAGUUCUUUUCUUUUAAAUAUUUCAACCCCAUACAAACACAAAUAUUCCACGCCGCUUUCCACACCGAUGAAAACAUAUUACUUGGAGCUCCAACUGGUAGCGGAAAAACUGUCAUAGGAGAAUUAUGUAUUUUAAGAAAUCUACUAAAGCAUGAAGACCAGAGAUCGGUAUAUAUAUGCCCAAUGAAAGCAAUUGUAAACGAAAGGUGUAAUGCUUGGAAAAAUAAAUUUAAAACAUUAUUCAAUAAGAAUGUAAUUGAAUUGACAGGGGAUAAAAACGAGCACAAAGAUAAUAUAAAAAACAGUCAUAUAAUAAUAUGCACUCCUGAAAAAUUAGAUGUCAUAUCUCGAAAUUGGAAAAAUAAAAAUAUUAUAAAAAAUAUUAAUUUAAUUAUAUUUGAUGAAAUACAUUUGCUAGGACAAGAAACUAGAGGAGGAGUUAUUGAAAUUUUAGUAAAUCGAUUUAAAAACAUGCAAAAUUAUUUAAAUAAAAAAAUAAGAUUAGUUGGAUUAACAACUGUUAUAACAAGUGUUGAUGAUUUGAUUUUAUGGCUAGAUGUAAAAGAAAAUUAUCUUUUUAAUUUCCCAUCCUCUUGUAGAAUAGUGCCAUGUAAAACACACAUUUUAGGGUUCAAUCAAAAUGCAUACUGCCCUAGAAUGUCGGUAAUGAACAAAGAUGUAUUUGAUUCUAUUAAUCAAUAUGCACAAACGAAAAAUGUUUUAAUAUUUGUUUCUUCACGAAGGCAAACAAGACUUACUGCUUAUGAUAUAAUUUCUCUAAACUUAAGUAGCCAUAAUUUUAAUUUUCUCCAUCUUGAAAAUUUAUUAAAUGAUAAAAAUCAUAUAAAAUUUUUGUUAAAUAAAACGAAAAAAAUAGCUGAAAAAAAAAAUUCUUUAAAUACAAAUACUCUUAAUUCUUAUAUUUCUAAUGCAACUGGUCUAAAAAAUGAAAAAAUGGUAGAAUAUAAUAACGAUUUUGAUCAAUUUGAUUACAACUGUUUGUUUAAUAAAAAUUUAUCUGAACAAGAAAAAAUUCAUGUACAAAAUUUAAUAUUUCAAAAUUAUUUAAAUAUAGUAGAAAAUGAGCAUUUAAAGGACUUAUUAAAAUAUGGCAUAGGUAUCCAUCAUGCUGGCUUAAAUGAAAGUGAUAAAAAUAUUGUAGAAUAUUUUUUCCUAAAUAAAAUAAUACAGAUUUUAAUAUGUACCUCGACUUUGGCAUGGGGAAUAAAUUUGCCCGCAUAUCUAGUUAUAAUAAAAGGUAAUGAAUAUUAUGAUUGCAAAACAAACAAAUAUAAAGAUAUACCAUAUACAGACUUAUUACAAAUGAUUGGAAGAGCGGGAAGACCUCAAUUUGAUAAUGAAGCUUUAGCUAUUUUACUAGUUCACGAAAAAAGAAAAAAUGCCAUUAAAAACUUUUUAUAUCAUCCAAUGAAUAUCGAGUCAAAUAUUAUGGAAAAUAUUAAUGAGCAUAUAAAUGCAGAAAUAUGCUCAAAAGUUAUACAAAACAAGGAAGAUAUGCUUACAUACAUAACAAAAUCAUACUACUUUAAAAGAAUUUUUUCUAACCCUUCAUACUACAUGAAAGAUGUCCAAUAUAUUCAACUCUUUGAAAAUAACCGAUUAUCAAAUCAAGCAAAAAAAGCCAUAUAUGAUCAUAUAAAUAAAAUCAUAGAAAAUACAAUCGAAUUUUUACAAAAAAAUAAUUGUAUAGAAGUAGUACAAGAAGAUUAUAUUCAAAAUUAUUAUUCUACUCCCCUAGGAUAUAUAACAUGCAUAUAUUAUAUAAAAUGUGAAACUGCUUAUUUCUUUUAUAAAACAAUAGAACAAAGUAUUUCUCCAAAUCCAAAUCUGCAUACAGAUCCCACAAUACAAACAACCCCCAUUGUUCAAAAUCAAAAUGUAUCUGAAACAAUGGAAACAAAUAUAGAAAAUGGCGAGAAUUGGAAAGAGGAAAUAAUUGAGCAAGAAGAAAAAAAUGACCAUACUGAUGAUAACAACAAUAAUAUUAAAUCUGAUACUUUACCUCCAUCAAAAAAAAAAUUCGACUUUUAUGGAUUGCUUGAACUUAUUGCACAAGCAAAAGAAUUUGAUGAUGUCCCAUUAAGACAUAAUGAAGAUAAAUAUAAUGUAAAACUUAGAAACCAAAUACCACUAGAUAUUGAUAUGAAUAUGCCAAAUGUUAAAACAUAUCUUUUACUUCUUUCGCGUUUUUAUGAAUGCACAUAUGAAACUGUUGAUUAUUAUAUCGACUUAAAAUUAGUAUUAGAUCAGCUAGCUAGAAUUAUAAAUAGUUAUAUUGAUAUAUCUUUACUGUUCCAUAAUUAUACUUAUAUUAAAACAUUAAUUUUAAUUUUUCAAUGUGUUAAUCAAAGAAUUAAACCAUAUACAAGCGACCUAUAUACUAUUAAAGACAUUAAUGAUAGUCAAAUAAAUAAACUAAAAGAAUUACAAAUCAAAAAUAUUAAGGAUUUAAUCAAAUUUGAUAAAAAUUUCUUAUACUCACUAAACAUAUUUGAUACAUCACAAAUAAAUUAUAUUCUUCAUAUACCAAAUUUAACUACAAACAUCAAAUUAUACCAAAAAAAUAUCAAUACCGAUACUCCUGUAGAUGCUAAUAUUUCAACCGAUAUCGAACCAAAUAAAAUUAAUAAUUUUACGAAUAUAAAACUUGGAAAAUAUUCCCAAAAUGAAAAUAAAUACCAUUUCAAAAUAAGAUAUUAUGAAAAGAAUGAAAUAUUGAUAAAAGUUUUUUUUAGCGUUUCAAACAAAAUAUUCAAAGAAGCAAACCCCAAUUCAUCCAAGGCUUCAAAUGCUCAAUGGUAUGCUAUCCUUCACGAUUUGUCACAAGAUCAAUCAAUAUCCAUCAAACGAUUUACUUUACCAUCGACAAAAAAAAUGUCUACAGUUUCAUUUACACUCGAAGAUAUUGAAAUAGGAAAUUAUAAUUUCAUAAUUUACAUUCAUAGUGAUAUGUAUUAUGGGCUCGAUUACGAGGCAUAUUUAGAUAUCCAAGUUGAAUAA